CACCAACUAAGUCACCUGAAAAAUGGCCGUUGAAGACAUCAAGGAAGGAGUCCAGAACUUGACUGUGGCUCAUGAUCAAGCCCAGAAGGCCGAAAAAGUUCUGAAGCCUAAGAAGGAAAAGAAACAGGCUACCUCAUCGAAGAAUCCAUUAUUGUUGGACCCCCAGCCAGAAUUCAUUGAAGAGCGUAUUAAGUUGUUUGACGAAUUGAAGGCCAAGUACGAUGAAGAGAUCAAGAACAAGGAGCGUAAACCUAUCAAGAUCACGUUGAAGGACGGCACUGUUAAGGAAGGUGUAGCCUACGACACUACACCUUUGGACAUUGCUACCUCCAUCGGAAAGUCCUUUUUGGAAAGACAGGUAAUUGCCAAAAUCAACGGCUCUCAAUUGUGGGAUUUACCAAGACCUUUGGAAGAUGAUGUCACUCUCGAUUUUUUGGACUUUGACCAUCCUGAAGGUAAGGCUGUUUUCUGGCACUCUUCUGCCCAUAUAUUGGGUGAAGCCUGUGAAUGCCACUACGGUUCCCACUUAUCCCACGGUCCUCCUACUGAAGAUGGAUUCUUUUACGACAUGUCCAUCAACGGAGGGGAGACCUCGGUAUCGCAGUCGGAUUUUUCAAACUUGGAACAGGUUGCUACCAAGGCUAUAAAGGAAAAGCAAAAGUUUGAAAGAUUAGAAAUGUCCAAGGAAGAUUUGUUGAAGAUGUUCCACUACAACAAGUACAAGGUCAAGUUUAUUUCCGACAAAAUCCCAGACGGAACUUCUACCACUGUGUACAGAUGUGGACCAUUGAUCGACUUGUGUGUCGGCCCUCAUAUUCCUCACUCGGGCAGAAUCAAGGCUUUCAAAGUGUUGAAGAAUUCGUCGUCGUACUUCUUGGGUGAUUCUGCCAACGACUCGUUGCAAAGAGUCUACGGUAUCUCUUUCCCUGACAAGAAGUUAAUGACCGACCAUUUGAAGUUCUUGGCUGAAGCUGCUGAAAGAGACCACAGAAGGAUUGGUAAGGAACAGGAAUUGUUCUUCUUCAACGAAAUGUCGCCUGGCUCCGCCUUCUGGUUGCCCCAUGGUACCAGAAUAUACAAUGCAUUAGUUCAAUUCAUCAGAGAUGAGUACCAGGUUAGAGGUUUUGAUGAAGUCAUCACUCCUAACAUGUUUAACCACAAAUUGUGGGAAACCUCGGGCCACUGGGGUAACUACAAGGAGAACAUGUUCACCUUUGAUGUUGAAAAGGAAACCUUUGGUUUGAAGCCAAUGAACUGUCCUGGACACUGCGUGAUUUUCAAGUCUCGUGAAAGGUCGUACCGUGAGUUGCCAUGGCGUGUUGCUGAUUUCGGUGUUCUCCACAGAAACGAAUUUUCCGGUGCCUUGUCUGGAUUAACCAGAGUCCGUCGUUUCCAACAGGAUGAUGCUCAUAUCUUCUGUACUACUGACCAGAUCGGUAGCGAAAUCAAAGGUGCCUUUGACUUCUUGAAUAAGGUGUAUGGUACUUUUGGUUUCCAGUUCAAGAUGGAAUUAUCCACCAGACCGGAAAAAUAUGUUGGUGAGAUCGAAACGUGGAACUCCGCCGAAAAGAUGUUAGAAAAGUCCUUGAACGAGUUCAAGGGUGAAGGUGGUUGGGAAUUGAACCCCGGUGAUGGUGCCUUCUACGGUCCAAAGAUCGAUAUCAUGAUUAGUGAUGCAUUAAAUAGAUGGUUCCAAUGUGCCACCAUCCAAUUGGAUUUCCAGUUGCCCAACCGUUUUGAGUUGGAAUAUAAGGCUGAAACUAACGACAAGGGUUCGUCCACCAGCAGACCUGUGAUGAUCCACAGAGCCAUUUUGGGUUCGGUGGAAAGAAUGACUGCCAUCUUGAUUGAACACUACAAGGGUAAGUGGCCAUUCUGGUUGUCACCAAGACAGAUCUUGAUUGUUCCAGUUGGUCCAAAGUACUAUGAAUACGGUCAGAAGCUUCAGAAGGAGUUGAACGACAAGUACAGCUUCUACGCCGAUGUCGAUGUCUCCGGUAACACUUUGCCAAAGAAGAUCAGAACUGGUCAACUCUACAAGUACAACUUCAUUUUCAUUGUCGGUGACGAAGAAGAGCAGAGUGCAUCUGUCAACGUCAGAAACAGAGAUAUUCCAGAAGAACAAGGUAAGAAUGCCAUGGUUAAGUUUGACGAGGUUGUCAAGCAAUUGGUUUCUUUAAGAGAUGAGAAGAGGGAUGACAACAAGUUGGUUUAGUCAAUAGUAUUGUUAGACAGCAUAAAUGUACAUGAAAUAAUAUACACUACAAAGACGAGAGUGUAGUGGUCCUAUAUACUUAUGAAAUUACUUCAAAAUUUAAUAGUUCUACAAUCUUCUACAAUGUGCUUAUACAAACUAUUCAGAAUAUGGUAUGCUAUUUGAGGCUGUGAAUUCAUUAUCCUAUUAUCCCGAAUAGAUUCGUUCUUUUUAACAGAGUCGUGCGAAACAACGUAUCUAGAGCUUAUGUUUAUGCUCCUGCACUUAAUAUAGACACCUAACAAUAUUC